AUGUAUGUGGAUUUGAUUGUCUGUUUGCCAGGAGUUUCACACCAGCCACCGAAGAAACGAAAGUACCAGGAUUCUCCUCUACUGCAAUCCUCCAUCAGCCAUCCACAACAGCAGGCUCCCAUCAAACCAGAACCGGAUUUCAAUUAUGGGUUACCGCCAGAAAAUUCUGAAGACGAAUCGUUCGGUUGCGAGUAUCCGAGCGAUUCGAAUGUUUUUGCCGACGGUUCCUACAGAGUCAUCACCUGGUCCAACCACCAGCCAAACAAAUGGGUCUACAUGGUUGAUGAAAAUGGCAGAGAAGCCUCUAUAAUGAACUACCGUGUCGAUGCUGACAAAGGCUUCAAUUUCGCCACGCCUGACGAAUCUUUUGUCUGCCAGAAGAAAAACCACUUUCAGGUCACCGUCCACGUCAGCGUCUCUUCCAGGCCCAAGUUUGUCAGGAAUCCUGAUUCUCCAGAUAUCCUGGAGUCUAUCGAUGCCUUCUACUUACAUUUUUAUGGAAUUAAGGCGGAGUCUCCAAACCAGACGAUCAAAAUAGAACAGUCCCAAUCGGAUCGCAGCAAGAAAAUUUUUAAUCCGGUUCCCUUGGAUUUGAUGGCAGACGAGGUGAACAAGAUAACAGUGGGCAGGCUGCACUUCAGUGAGACAACGCUGAACAACAUGAGGAAGAAGGGCAAACCCAACCCGGACCAGCGAUAUUUCCAGCUGGUUGUGGCACUAGAGGCCCACUGUUCCAGCAACGUCCACACGGCGGCUGCUUACGUUUCAGAUAAAAUUAUCGUCAGGGCAUCUAACCCAGGGCAGUUUGAAAGUGAUGUUGAAGCGAUUUGGAACAAAGGUAAAGGUGCUGAUGCCAUAUAUCACGCAGGUAGAGUAGGCAUAAACACGGACAACCCCGACGAAACCCUGACAGUUCACGGCAAUGUCAAGGUCACCGGCAUGGUCAUGGCCCCAUCUGAUACCAGGGUUAAAAAUAUCGUGCAAGAACUGGACACAAGCGAACAACUUCGGAACAUCAACCAGCUCAAAGUCUACCGCUUCCAGUUCAACGAAGAGUUCGCCGAGUAUGCAGGUCUGUCGGAUGAGGAGAAGUUAGGUGCUGGUGUACUUGCACAGGAAGUUCACAGAGUACUUCCGGAUGCUGUCCGAGAGACUGGAGAUGACCGCAUCUUCAUGGAGAACAUUGGAGCAGUGAAGGAACUGUGCAAGGUGACUGACAAAUUGGAGGACAGGAUCAGUGAGAUGGAACUCAUGCGCAAGAAGUUGGCAUCCUUCUGUAGAGAUAAACUCGGAAGUGCAUGGUCUUCACGUGCCGGAAGUCAAUCAUCCGUUUCCGGUGUUUCGCUUGGGGCGGGAUCCGUGAAAAGAUGCAACAGCCAAUCUGCUCCACAAUACGUCAGCAGCAGCAACAACAUCAGCAACGACACAAGCAGCAAAAACAACAGAAACAAAAAGCACCAAAAUGACGGCUGCAUGACCUCAUAUGGUCAAGUAGAGCCAUGCAGAUUGUUGUCAUACUGCUCAUCAUUAUCAUGGCUGCCUGCGCCAUCUACAAAACCUCAAUACCUGAUCCCGCCAAAAUGUUUGACGUCACCGUCUUCCUGUCCCGUCGUCUGCUGUGAAAUGCCGUCAGAUAACCCGGAAGAUGGUGGUGGAGGUGGAGCAACUAAGAAAUCCACGAGGCACAGAACUUCAACGACCCCAAAACGGAAAGUCGUUUAUCCGUGGUGGAUUGAUCGUUAUCCCAAUUAUCCCACAUCAAAACCCCGGAUACACCAUGCUACUGCUGCUGAUGAUGAUGAUGGCGAUAAUAAUAUUAAUAAUUUUCUGGAUUAUUACGAUGGUUAUAAUGAUAACAAUAUAGAUCGUUACGUUAAACAUAAGAAGCCAAAGGAUAACAAGACUAAGUUGAAGGUUCAAAGAUCAAAUAAGAUGAAAUUCGUAAGCAAUGAUGGCAGGAAAAACGACAGAUUGAAAAGAGAUAUUCCUCCCAACAACAACAACAACAACAACAACAACAACAACAACAACAACAACAACAACAACAGCAACAACAACAACAACAUCACUACCAACAACAACAUCACUACUAACAACAACAUCACAUCAGCGACAAAAAUGGCGAUGAUGAUGAUAAGGAUCGAGCAGACGAACGAAACGAUAAACCUGGAUUUCUGCUCAACUGAUGACUGCCGGAAGAUGUCCGGAUCCAACUUCACCUACGACAUCCCAGUAUCAAAGAGAUAUCCGCAAGAUGUCGUUACUAUCCGAUUCAUGCCCUUAGCAAGUAGCGAGGAUGUGAACGUAGAAUUCUGCGGCGAGAACAAGGAAAGGACUUUCCGGAAUAUUCCUCUGGAACUUGCCAGUGGGUUUCUACCACAACUCCCAGUACACCUUUAG